ACCUUUUAUGUAUGUUUUCUCCCAGGAUGGACAGGAACGUGUCUUCAUUCCUUCAGAAUCUGAAAAGAAAAACAAGUUGUUCCACAUUUGCUAUAAUGUGACCAAAAACUCUUACUUCAGACUGAGCAAUGGCCAAGAGACUAUCCCAGGAUGGCAGAGAGGUGCUUGGAGGACAGAAAAUAUGUUCAGGAAAGAAGAGAAUGACUGGCAGAUGGUGUAUUUGGCACGAACAGAGGGCUCUUCCUUUGGGAGGAUAAGCUGGAAAUUUAACUGCGCUCCAGUAGGAAUGAAGAUAAAGUCUGCUUCGGUCCGAGCCUUCAGCCAGACCUUCCAUUCAGGCAGCGUGCGUUGGAGUUUACGCUCUGCCGAGACCACCAUAGAGUUCCCUGGAGAUGGUGAACUGCACUCUUCUUCAAGUCUGUCCGGAGGCAAAGAGCUGAUUGUGGAGGCGGAGCUCACAGGAGGAGAGGGUGAAGUGUCAUGGCAACACGUUCAGCUCUUCAGACAGAGUUUAAAAGACACGGAGAAAGUUUUAUUUGAAAUCAUGGUUGAAAUGGAUGAGUCUUGAUGAGAGAUUAGCAUGUAUACAUCUCUUGCAAGUA